UCUGAUCAGCGCGCAUGCGCGGCGGUUUCCAGCGAGUUCUGUGAGGCUGAAAAUCCGGUGUUAGUUUAGCUUCGAAAUAUUGACCUGUUUUGUUAAUUUAAGAGUAAAAUAUCCGAUUAUUACUGUGGUUUUAGUUCUUAGCAGUAAAGCAGUCGGAGCUGUGAUGGACUUGGAGAGCGGGACGUACGAGCCCGGGUUUGUGGGGAUCAGGUUCUGUCAGGAAUGUAACAACAUGUUGUACCCUAAAGAGGACAAGGAGAACCGUAUCCUGCUGUACGCGUGCAGGAACUGUGAUUACCAGCAGGAGGCAGACAACAGCUGCAUAUAUGUGAACAAAAUCACCCACGAAGUGGAUGAGCUCACACAGAUCAUUGCCGAUGUAUCCCAGGAUCCCACGCUGCCCCGGACUGAGGACCAUCCAUGCCCAAAGUGUGGCCACAAGGAGGCGGUGUUCUUCCAGUCUCACAGCAUGAAAGCUGAGGACGCUAUGCGGCUAUACUAUGUGUGCACGGCGCCACACUGUGGACACAGAUGGACGGAGUGAGGAGGAGGACGGUGGAGGAUGAAGCUCCUGAGGCUGGAGAUGUGAAGGUUUAGUGUCGGUCAAGAACUUGAGGACUGAGUCGACUCUGCAGACGGAGGCUCUGAGUUCUGUAAUAUUAAAUGUUUUUACAGUUUUUUAUUAAAGAUGCUACACAAAUA